AUGUCCUCUCUGACUCUUACUACAAUCCCGAUCGAACUCCUCGCAUACGUAUUUGAGUAUUUCAUAGACGACGACGACACGCUCAAACAUUUGAGCAAAGCCCACUCAAAGUUUGCUCCACCAGCCAAUGCAGUGCGCCAUAGUAUUCGAAGACUUCUUAUACGCGGGAACGGUGCACAAGAAGCAUGCAAAGAGCUUGUGGACAGCAUUCAUGGCAGCCAAGAUGAGACAGGAUCCGGCAACACUCUCGUUGGACCGAUACGCUAUCUUGAACUUGUCUUUGACAGCCGGGCACAAUUUCGUCUAGCAGAUGCAACGCAGGAAGUGUUGAACUGCCUGCCGGCAAUCCAACACGUCACGCUCAAGAUCAUCGCUCGCCCCUUUCCUGAUAGUCAGCAUCAAGACAUGAUCGAGAAUCUCGAGGAAAAGGUCCGGGGAGCCGUCCAGGACUACUCUACGCUCAUGGAUAUGCUCAACACAUUGAAGCCACAACGAAAAGUUGGACUGAGUCUAAUCCUCAACGACUGCAUGCUUCGUUCUUCACCAAUCAUCGCCCAGCAGUAUGCAAACAUUGUCUUGCGAGAAUUCGACAUCAAAUACUACUUACUUCAUUUUGAUACCACGAUCACUUUAGCCAAGCGCUUGAUUCACGCAACCAAAACCCUAACGGACAUGACAAUACUUGAAGAUCCAGUAUGCCAAUGGCAGCAGGAACAACUCCCCUGCAUGCCCUUCUCAGGUCUCACCGCUCUCAAGCGACUACAUAUACCCGCUAGCUUGUGGUUCGGCCGCAGCAAUGAAGGCCUUCAAGGCUUUUUGUGGAAGCGCGAGGAGAUUAUGCGUCCGUCCGUCGUCGACUUACUGCCUCCAUCUCUAUCUUCCCUUCGUAUAGACUUCAAUAGCACGUCUGCCGUCUUUGCUGUUGGCGUGGGCUACCGCGCAGCAUUCUUCCGUAUGACCUCCGACGAAGCGAAGAUGAGGAUGAAACCAGCGUGGAAUUGGAUAUAUGAGCUCGUUACUCCUGAUACUUCACAACUUCCUCAUCUGAAGAAUGUCGAGGUACUUGAGGGACUGGUGCCAGCCGAUAGAAGACGCAUAAGUAGAACAGGUGAUCGUUAUCAUUGUGAUUCGGUCCUUGACUGGGACCCGCCGCUGGAAUUGAAAAGGGCGUUUGGGGAUAGAGGCAUCAAGUUGAAGAUCCAAAUUAGGGCUAUCAAGCAUGGGAAGUCUUGA